UAACACUUACUGCAGAAAGCAUUUUAAUACCGUUAAACAGUGAAUACCACGAUGUAAAGCUCGCUUUUGAUAAAUUUUACAUUCUUAAAAGCAAUCGAGUUAUUACUUGAAAGUAAUCAAGUUGAACGACCAAAAACAAGAUGGUGGCUGACUGGAUAGCUUGUCUUGAGCAAAGGCCUGCAGAUAGAACAGGAGAAGACAUUGACAUCGUGUAUGCCAGACUUAAGGACAUGAAAAUAUUUGAAAGACUACACCCUACAGUAUUGCAGCAGAUAUGUUACUAUGGUUACUACCAAGAUCUUGAGGAAGGCAUUGUCUUAUUUCGUCAAGGUGAUGUCGGGACAAACUGGUACGCUAUAUUAUCAGGAACAGUAGAUGUUAAUGUAUCACAAACAGGAAAAAUAGAGGAUUCAGUAACCAUCUGUACUCUUGGACCUGGUAAAGUCUUCGGUGAAUCUGUAUUGGAUGACAGUCCAAGAAAUGCAACCGUGAUAACAAGUGCUCAUUGCGAGCUGUUGAUGGUGGCGAAGAAGGACUUCAAGACAAUUUGGGAGAGAAGCAAACAGUAUCUUGAAGGGAUUAUAUUCCUUCGUACUCAGACCACAGCUACACCUAAUGGAACACAAGAACAAGAUCCCUCUGUUCCAGAAAGGUCGGAGAAAAAUGAGGCAAAAACCACAAACAAGAACUCCUCCCAUUCUCUCGUCCAUGCUUGUCUCGUCUUUCGUCGUGUAAUGGAAACCACCGCGCCCAAACUUCUUAGAGAUCGCAAAUACAACAUGAAAGAAUACCCAAAAUGCUUUGUUGGCUCGGAGGCUAUUGAUUGGCUACUCAAGAAAUCCAGGCUUGUUCACAGUCGCUUCCACGCGUUAAGUCUGUGGCAGGCGCUGCUUGAAGAAGGGACUUUAGCACAUGUUACUCACGAGUACGACUUCCGUGACAAGACCCUUUAUUACAAGUUUCUGGUGGAUGAAGGCGAUGAAGAAGGUUACAUCCCCCUAGAAGGCGAGGAACUGGAAGAUGAGUUUGAGGACGUCCUUAUUAUGCUGAGUAACGUUGGGCCGGACGCCAUGUUCAGAAUGGCACUGAGGAAAGACCCCGACAAAAGAACUCAAGAAGACUUGGACGUUAUCUAUGAAGAACUGCUACACAUCAAAGCAUUAUCCAAUCUAUCUACUAUGGUUAAGAAAGAUUUAGCUGCUGUUUUUGUGCUAGAAACAUGCAAGAAGAAGGGAACCAUGUUAUUUAACCAAGGGGAUGAAGGGAAUUCUUGGUAUAUCAUACUCAAAGGAUCUGUCAAUGUACUGGUGUAUGGCAAGGGCGUUGUCUGUCAGCUGCGCGAUGGAGAUGAUUUUGGGAAACUGGCCUUAGUCAACGACGCUCCCAGGACCGCAAGCAUCGAGACAUGUGAGGAUAACUGCCAGUUUCUGAAGGUCGACAAGGAUAAUUUUAACAGGAUUCUUAGGGACGUGGAAGUGAACACCGUACGCAUGAAGGAACGAGGCAGAGACGUACUUGUGCUGAAACAAGUGAAAAUAAGAAACCACUUUAGUGACAGGAGCCCUGUAGCAAAAACUACUCAGCAAAAGUACUCUGUCAUGGCAGGGACACCAGAAAAGAUGAUUGAACAUAUUCUGGAGAUGCGCAUCGACAACAAAGAGGAGAACAAAACGGACAGUUUUCUUCUCGAGUUCUUAAUGUCUUAUCCAGUCUUCAUGACGUCAGAAGCCUUGUGCAUGGAGCUGUUAACCAAGUACCAUGGCAGUGUGAUCCUGGACGAACGCAAGGACAGUCACGAUGAGAGUAAAAGCCAAACUAGUGACCGUAGUAUAGUGGUCAAAAAAAGAGUGGCUCAAAUCGUUAUUCAGUGGCAUAAAUUGGCAAAAAACCUUCUUGUUGAAGAUCACAGCUGUUUCUUACUGAUCAAUGAUCUUAUGUCAGCGCUGGAGGCAGACAAGCUGUUUGAUGAAUUGAACGCUUUGAAGAAAGAUAUGAACAAGAAGAAAGAGCAGGACACGGAAGUCGCAGAUUCACAAAUAAUUUCCUGUCGUUCGUUGUCGUUCUCCGUCGGUUUUCGGGUUGGAAACACGAACAUCUUCGAACGAACCAAGAGAACCGCUGGCAAACCAAUAUCACGUGACGACUACGUUAUUUUCAAAGUUUUUUGUGCUGAUCAUACCUACACUACGGUGAGACUGAAGUACGGUGACACAGCACAGAAGAUCGUCGAGACAGCAGAAGAACGUGUCCUCCUUGGAGAUGAUUGUGUGCUCUGUGAAGUCAAGUCAAACAGCGAGAUAAUACCAUACAAACCCGACGACAUGUGUGUGGUCACCAGACUGAGUGUUAAUGGCAGAUUGUUCGUAGCACCGAGAGAACAUCUUGAUUCACUGACUCCACUUUCAGAGCAAGAAGGACCAGAACAAGGAUCCUUCAAUAUUCUGGAGAUGACAAGUUCAAGAGAGAUAGCAUAUCACCUGACUGUGUACGACUACGAGCUGUUCACCAGUAUCAACAUUUAUGAACUGGUUUACUAUACGUUUGGUCGCGAAAGGUUCGACAAGAUCACAGCCAAUCUAGAUCUGUUUCUCAAACGAUUCAACGAGGUUCACUAUUGGGUCAUCACAGAGAUCUGUCUCGCAAGCCAGAUCAGCAAACGCGUUCAUUUGUUGAAGAAAUUCAUCAAAAUUGCCACACACUGCAAAGAAUAUCGAAAUUGGAACUCAUUUUUCGCUAUAAUUAUGGGGUUAAACAAUGUAGCAGUCAGCAGGUUAUCACAGACUUGGGAGAAACUACCAAGCAAAUUCAAGAAAAUGUUCGAGGAAUUCGAAGCAUCACUGGAUCCUUCUAGGAAUCACCGCGUUUAUAGACUAGCAAUAGGAAAGAUGAAACCACCAAUCAUACCAUUCAUGGCUCUACUUAUGAAAGACAUUACGUUCAUCAAUGAAGGCAAUAAAACUUACUUUGAUGACCUUGUAAACUUCGAGAAACUUCGGAUGAUCACCUCUACGUUACACCUGAUUGAGUACUGCAGAAGCAAACCUUUUGUAGGAGAAGCUCCACCUUCCAUCAAGAAUGUCAAUGAAAUUGUAACAUACGUCAGGACGUUACGUGUUAACGACAAUCAAAGGAAUUUAACACAGCUAUCCCAUCGCCUGGAGCCUCGGAAGAGUUGAAAUACAAUCAACACGUACAUGCAGCAUCAGAGAAAAUCACUUGUUUAUACACUUUCUUAUACUAGUAAACCAUAGACAAAACAACAUUUUCAACUUUAAAAUUACGAAAACGCUCCCUAGUUUCUGUUAUGCAGGCAGCUCGGAAGCACGAGGGAAGAAAAAUUACGUCACUGCAAAACUUAGGUGUCAUGAAGAAUGUGAAAGCAAAAAAUGAAAACCUAUCCACCAUUGCAAAACUAAUAUAAAACUCAUUCGGUUAUUGCCAGUUUCUGUUAUCAACCUCUUAUUAGCAACCUUAGUUGUGACACCUUAGUUUUGCAAAUUUUCUCGAUUCUGACUGGUUAACAUUUUUUUCGGAUCAGCUAGUUUGGAACACACCAUGCAGCAGUUUCAUAUCUCAGAUAUGUUAAAAAUCUUCUAUACCAUGUUGAUWCAAAUGCGCUGCCGGCUUACGACAUUUCACUGCAACUAAUAUCUUUCUAUCCUAAUGCCCAU